AUGUUUAUUCAAAGAAUAUUCUUUGCUAUUAUGCUUACAUGGAUGUCUGUAUCCAUGGCCUACCAAAUCCCAAUCAGCGGUGCUGGUAAGGUUAUCAAUCAUGCUACUUGGGUCGAACAAAAGCGUCCAGGUUUCCUCCCACCAAUGGGUUUCAAGAGAUCUGCUGAUCGUGGUGAUGUUCCAGUAGUCGAUUAUGCUUUCCAAGCUGUUCCUGCCAACUUUAACUCUGCUCAACAAUGGUCCAAUUGUUCAUACAUCUCUGCCAUCCAAAAUCAAGCAAGAUGUGGAAGUUGUUGGGCAUUCGGAGCUGUUGAAUCAGUUUCCGAUCGUUUCUGUAUUCACAAAGGUGAAGAUGUUUUAUUGAGUUUCCAAGAUCUAGUUACCUGUGAUCAAUCAGAUAAUGGAUGUCAGGGAGGUGAUGCUUAUACUGCAAUGAAGUUUAUCCAAAAGAAGGGUAUCGUCUCGAAUGACUGUCUCCCAUACACCAUUCCAACUUGUGCUCCAGCUCAACAACCAUGUCUCAACUUUGUUGACACCCCACAAUGCGUUGAAAAGUGCUCCAACGCUUCAUACACCUAUGCUCAAGAUCUCCACUUUAUCGAUGGUGUCUACAGCAUGAACCCAACCGUCAAUGCCAUUCAACAAGAAAUCAUGACCAACGGUCCAGUUGAAGCCUGUUUUGAAGUAUAUGAAGAUUUCCUCGGAUACAAGUCUGGUGUCUACCAACACACCACCGGCAAGGAUUUGGGUGGUCACUGUGUCAAGAUGAUUGGUUGGGGUACCCAAAACAAUGAACUCUACUGGAUUUGCAACAACUCUUGGACUACUUAUUGGGGUAACCAAGGUGUUUUCUGGAUCAAGGCUGGUGUCAACGAAUGUGGUAUUGAAAGCGACGUCGUAGCUGCCAAGUUCAAUGAACUUUGGUUAGAUUUGGAGGGUGAAGAUGUUUUAUUGAGUUUCCAAGAUCUAGUUACCUGUGAUCAAUCAGAUAAUGGAUGUCAAGAAAAUUUUGGUGAUGCUUAUACUGCAAGCUCAACCACCAUGUCUCAACUUUGUUGA